CCCGCGCCCCUCUCCCGUGGCGGUAGGCCCCGGGAGCGGCGGCCCGGCCGGCUUCUGGUCCCCACCUGCCGCCGGGUGCCUGCGCCCACGGGCUCUGCUGGGCUUUGCACGGCCAAAAGUUAAAAAUGGGUGAUGAUGUCCCAGAUAAUUGGCAUAUUGGGGAGAAAUGCCUUGCCCCUCUUCUGGAAGACGGGAAACUUCAUGAAGGAACAAUAUCCUCUAUUGAAAAGGACAAGAACGGAAAAUCAUUUGCUGUUGUAUCAUUCUUGGAGUCUGAAGAAAGGAAAAUACUAAUAACUAAACUUUGUAGAGUCAAAGCCAGUAGAGGACCCUGGAAAAGCUUAGUUUUUGAUGAUGGUGAUCUGGAAAAGCCUUAUUUUCCUGACCGAAAUCUUCCGACGCCUGCAGUUGCUUUUAAAUUAUCUGACAACGGUGAUUUUAUCCCAUAUACAAUUAACAGAUACCUGCGUGAUUAUCAAAGGGAAGGAGCCCUAUUUCUGUAUGGACACUAUGCUAAUAAAAGGGGCUGUAUUCUUGGAGAUGAUAUGGGCCUUGGAAAGACAAUACAGGUAAUUUCAUUUCUGGCUGCAGUGUUGCACAAAAAGGGAACACGUGAGGAUAUUGAAAAUAAUAUGCCAGAAUUUUUACGGAGAACAAUGAAAAAAGACUCAAAGACUAACCCCAAGAAGACUUUCCUCAUAGUAGCCCCUCUUUCAGUGCUGUACAACUGGAAGGAUGAGUUAGACACAUGGGGGUACUUCAAGGUCUCUGUCUUACAUGGCAGUAAAAAAGAUGAUGACUUGAGUCGUAUCAAGCAAGGGAAAUGUGAAGUUGCCCUUACAACAUAUGAGAUACUUCGCCUGUAUUUGGAUGAAAUUAACAGUAUAGAAUGGUCUGCUGUGAUAGUGGAUGAAGCACAUAGAAUCAAGAAUCCAAAGGCUCAAAUAACUCAAACCAUGAAGUCAUUAAAAUGCAGUGUUCGCAUAGGUCUUACUGGAACCAUUCUUCAAAACAAUAUGAAGGAACUUUGGUGUGUUAUGGACUGGGCCGUACCAGGACUUUUGGGUAGCAGAGUACAUUUCAAGAAGAAAUUUUCUGAUCCAGUGGAGCAUGGCCAGAGGCAUACUGCAACUAAAAGAGAGCUAGCAACAGGUCGUCAGGCCAUGAUGAAGCUAGCAAGAAAAAUGUCUGGCUGGUUCCUGAGACGUACAAAAGCGCUUAUCAGUGAUCAGUUGCCAAAAAAGGAAGACAGAAUGGUGUACUGUUCCCUGACUGAGUUCCAGAAAGCAGUGUACCAGGCUGUGCUACAGACAGAGGAUGUAAACUUAGUACUACGAGCAGGAGAGCCUUGUAGCUGCAACAGCGGCCGUAAAAGGAAGAACUGUUGUUACAAAGUAAAUGCUUACGGUGAAACAAUUAAGUCACUGUGCUUCAGUUACCUGACAAUCCUACAGAAGGUUGCAAAUCAUGCUGCACUGCUGCAGACGGACAACACUAGCAAGCAGCAGGAAGCACAUAUCAAACGGGUGUGCAGCCAGGUAUUUUCCAGUUUUCCAGAUUUUGUGCAGUUAAGCAAAGAUGCAGCCUUUGAAACAAUUUCAGAUCCAAAGUACAGUGGAAAAAUGAAGGUCCUUCAGCAGCUUUUAAAUCACUUCCAAAAAACUAAGGAUAAAGUUCUUCUUUUCUCCUUUUCCACAAAGUUGCUAGAUGUGCUGGAACAAUACUGUAUGGCAUCUGGGCUAGAUUACCGAAGACUUGAUGGAAAUACAAAAUCAGAAGAUAGGAUCAGAAUUGUAAGAGAGUUCAACAGCAUUCAAGAAAUUAACAUAUGUCUUGUAUCUACAAUGGCUGGUGGACUGGGUCUUAAUUUUGUUGGUGCCAAUGUUGUUAUACUGUUCGAUCCUACAUGGAACCCAGCAAAUGAUCUUCAAGCUAUUGACAGAGCUUAUAGGAUUGGCCAAUACAAAGCUGUUAAAGUGUUUAGAUUGAUAUCCUUGGGAACUGUGGAGGAGAUGAUGUACUUGCGACAAGUUUAUAAACAGCAACUUCACUGUGUGGUGGUUGGAAGUGAAAAUGCUAAGCGGUAUUUCGAGGCAGUGCAAGGAUCAAAGGAACAUCAAGGAGAGCUUUUUGGGAUCCAUAACCUUUUCAAACUCAGGACUCAUGGGUCCUGUCUUACCAAGGACAUCCUGGAGGUGUGA